AGACUUUAUCAAGAGGAUAAAGUGAAGUCAAGCGUGCCCCCUCCCCACAGAAGCAUGAACAGACACUGUGGUACAUCUCAGCCCAUUUUGAUGGAUGAGAAGAUUCUGCAGAAGGCCGUGGUCGAGCAAACCCCUCAAGAUCAGGCUGGGAGUAUUGCCAAGGCGGAUGGAAUACACUUUAAUAAAGUCCUUAAAAUACGUCUGGAGUACAGAGACAUCCUGAAGAUUGACCACUUAUGGGAUUUCACAUCCUUGGCCAGGCUUGAUUUGAACAACAACCUCAUAGAGAGGAUUGAGGGCCUGGACCGUCUGAUUAAUCUGACAUGGCUUAAUCUGUCAUUCAACAGAAUAGAGAAAAUUGAGGGUCUGGCAUCUCAACGGAAGCUGGAAUUGCUGAAUUUGUCCAACAACAGAAUUUCUGUCAUCGAAAACAUGGAUACACUUGAGAAACUCACUCAUUUCUCUAUCGCAAACAACCUCCUUGGACAGCUGGACAACGUGCACUAUCUCAGGAAAUUUAAGAACCUGUUCACCCUCAAUCUAUUUGGAAAUCCUGUCUCUAAGGAGGAUGAUUACAAAUUUUUUAUCGCCGCCUUCCUUCCAAACUUGAUGUGCUUAGACUACAGAUUACUUAAUGAGAAGACAAAAAACGAAGCAUCUAUCAAAUACCAAUAUGUCCUUGAGGAAAUGGGGCAUGAAGAGUUGCAGAUACAACAAGCUGAAGAUGCUGAGCAAAGCCAGAAAGCUGAACUCCAAUUACACACAGAUGCCUUUGUGGAGUUCCUCAACGGGUCUUAUCUGUUUAAGAGCAUGUUCAAAGAUGAUCCAGAGGCAGAGACACUACACUGCGUGACAGGAGUGGCUCAUCUGCUUCAAACAUUUGAGCACCAAAUGGUGGAACUGUGUAUGCAGUUAUUUGAAAUAGGCUUGGCUGAGCAUAAACGAAGAGAGACAGAGGUGAACUCCUUCUUCAGUGGUCAGACUAAGGCCGUGAAAGGCUACCAGCAGAAAUCAUCACAGAUAUUGGCAAAUUUUGAGCAGCAACACAAAGAGAGGGUAGUGGAGUUGCAGCAAUUAUCAAAACCAGACGUACUGAAGGUCAAGAUCAGCCACUGCAAUGAUGAAAUCAACCAGCUCUGCAACAGCCUCAUGUCACUGGAGUUUCAGCUGGUCAGCCAGCUGGAGGAUAUCAUCAAAAAGUUGGAUAUCAGCAUCUCAGACAUGGUUGCCAACUUCAGUGAAACUGUUCAAGGGAUAUUUGCCCACUACCGAGAUCUGGAGGAUAAUUAUCAUCAGAACAUGCAGGGGAUUGCCAUUGCAACUCUGGAGAAGGUGGCCAGGGACAACCUGGAGGAAGACAUGUCAGAUGAUGUUAGAAUGCUGUUUACAGACAAAGACACAGUGAUGGAUGCACUGGCCACUGGCCACGAUAACCACCUGCUGAAGAUCAGUGACCGUGAGACUCAGUUGGUUACACGUGUCAAUGCCUGGAAAGUGGCCCUCAUCAAAGGGAUUCAAGACAAAGAACUUAAGCAGAACCGCACGCGCAUCUCUGACAUCCACCGAUAUUUGGACCAUUUGCGGGAGCAGCUGGAAGAGUUGCAGUAGCAUGAUCUUUAAGACAACUGAGUCCACAAACAUUCCUUUUUUUCAUGUAAAAAAAGGAAUAGGACAUUUUCACAACCUUCCUAGACAACUUUAACAAAUUGCACUGUGUCCAAG